UCACGCAGCGUCACAAGGUAUCACAAGGCAUCACAAAGUAUCACAAAGUAUCACAAGGUAUCACAAGGUAUCACAGAGUGUCACAAGGUAUCACAAGGUAUCACAAAGUAUCACAAAGCAUCACAAGGUAUCACAAGGUAUCACAAAGUAUCACAGAGUAUCACAAGGUAUCACAGAGUAUCACAAGGUAUCACAAGGUAUCACAAAGUAUCACAAGGCAUCACAGAGUAUCACAAGGUAUCACAGAGUAUCACAGAGUAUCACAAGGUAUCACAGAGUAUCACAAGGUAUCACAAAGUAUCACAGAGUAUCACAGAGUAUCACAAGGUAUCACAGAGUAUCACAGAGUAUCACAAGGUAUCACAAGGUAUCACCAAGUAUCACAAGGUAUCACAGAGUAUCACAAGGUAUCACAGAGUAUCACAGAGUAUCACAAGGUAUCACAGAGUAUCACAAGGUAUCACAAAGUAUCAUAGGGCAUCACAAAGAAUCACAAGGUAUCACAAAGUAUCACAAAGUAUCACAAGGUGUCACAAGGUAUCACAAAGUAUCACAAGGUAUCACAAGGUAUCACAGAGUAUCACAGAGUAUCACAGAGUAUCACAAGGUAUCACAAAGUAUCACAAGGUAUCACAGAGUAUCAACAAGGUAUCACAAAGUAUCACAAGGCAUCACAGAGUAUCACAAAGUAUCACAGAGUAUCACAAGGUAUCACAAAGUAUCAUAGGGCAUCACAAAGUAUCACAAAGAAUCACAAGGUAUCACAAAGUAUCACAAAGUAUCACAAGGUAUCACAAGGUAUCACAAAGUAUCAUAAGGUAUCACAAGGUAUCACAGAGUAUCACAGAGUAUCACAAGGUAUCACAAAGUAUCACAAGGUAUCACAAAGUAUCACAAAGUAUCACAAGGUAUCACGAAGUAUCACAGAGUAUCACAAAGUAUCACAAGGUAUCACAAAGUAUCACAAGGUAUCACAAGGUAUCACAAAGUAUCACAAGGUAUCACAAAGUAUCACAAGGUAUCACAAAGUAUCACAAGGUAUCAGAAGGUAUCACAAAGUAUCACAAGGUAUCAUAA